AUGGAAUAUCAUAGUAACGGGAUAAUAUUGUCGUCCGUCCGGAUUCUUAGACGAAGAUCACUCCGUCAGACGGCAUCAGCUGCAGUGGAAAUCUUAACAAUCUAUCUAUCUAUCUAUCUAUCUAUCUAUCUAUCUGUAGAUAGGCCUCACCAGCGGGGCCAGCCGUAUACUUCUCCCCCCUCCAAUAUCCACCCGAUAACAAUUUGCAUCAUCUGUGUUCGCUGGCGGGCGUUGGCGAUGUUGUGGAAAGAGCACGUGCGCUCCUGGUUCGUUUUUCCCCGCCUUUGCCGCGACAAUGUGCUGGAAAAUAAUCUAUACACACAACUAUUUCUCGUUUAUUCGCUCCUUCAUUUGCUCACGCUUGCGUUUUAUUUCUUCCUCAUUCUUUUCCCCUAUUUACCUUCAAUAAAUUUAUAUUCUUCUUUACUCAUUAUCCAUAUCGAUCAUAUUUAUUCUCGUUUUCAUUCAUUGUGUCUGUUUAUAUCUCUCAUUCUCUUUUUCUUUCCCUUCCCUUUCAUUCUCUCUAAUAUUGACUCUCUUUUCCCCGCAUUCUUUCUUUCUUUCUUUCUUUCUUUCUUUCUUUCUUUCUUCUACUCCUCAUUUUCUAUUCAUUCUAUUUAUCUAACAUUCUCUUUCUUACUAAUACUUUCUCAUAUUCGUUAUGUUUCUCUACCAUUUUCUUUAACUUCAUCCCUUUUCUUUCUCAAUCUUUAUCCUAUUCUUUCUUUUAUCUUUCAUUAUUUAUUAGAUUACUCAUCUACUUCAAUUUCCCUUUCUUUUUCACUCUCACUUUCUUUCUCAUUCCCUAAUCCUUGGCCAUCCUUUGUGUCGCAAUUUUAUUCCUUGCAGUAA